AUGGCAGAACACGCGUCGGGAAAAUUGCGUCCUCUAACGGCACCAGACACCGCGGACGAGGUAGGCUGGGAUCCUCAGGAUCUACCGCCAAAGGAUGAAGCCCACCUUGAUACAUGGCGAGGAUGGGUAGUCGUCGCGGCGGCAUCAUGCUCCUUGUUCACAUACAUGGGCGUGAUUUACUCGUGGGGCAUACUGCAGGCCAACAUGGCAGACACAAGAGGAUACUCGCUCACAGCGCUCACCUUUGUCGGAUCGCUGGCGACGUCGUUCAUGGUCUCGGCGUGUAUACUGGUUGGCAAGAUGGUGAGGAAGUUUGGAUACAGGGACGUGGCGCUGGCGGGAGCGGUAUUCGCAGGGCUGGGCGAGUUCCUCUCGAGCUGGGUUGUCGGACACCUGUGGGCAUUGUUUAUCACCCAUGGGGUCUUGUUCGGAAUCGGCGGUGGCCUGACAAUUUUGCCUUGCUCGACUGCCCCAUUGCAAUGGUUUCGAAAACACAGAGGCCUCGCGACGGGCAUUGUCUUUGGCGGAGGAAGUCUGGGAGCGGCAGCCAUGGGUGUUGUCGUCGACAAACUCGUCGACAAAGUUGGUGUCGAGUGGACUUUUCGACUGCUGGGCUUUUUGCUUUGGGCUGUUUGUCUCCCAGCUGCGUAUUGCAUCAGGCAACCGCACACGUCAACGUCCCUGGUUCCCAAGCUGCAAUGGUAUCGAUGGAGGGAACCCGAGUUCCUUGUUAUUCUACUCGGUGGCGCCAUUUCGUGUAUCCCGGUCUUUGUCCCUCCAUACUUCAUCCCCGUGUUUGCCAAAUCCGUCAGCCAGUCGGGGUCAACGGCCGUUAUUGCCCUCACGGCAUGGAACCUUGCCUCGACGUUUGGCCGCGUCUUCGCAGGCUACGCUGCCGACUCUUUCCUGGGCCCUCUGAACAGCAUCAUCGUCUCGCUCUUCCUGAGUGGCGUGAGCGGGCUGUGCAUCUGGCCCUUUGUCACUAGCUUCGGCCUGUUGAUCUUGUUCGCCGUCGUCAACGGUAUCGGCUGUGGUUCCUUCUUCAGCCUGUUUACGGUAGCCGUUGGCGCGUUGUUUGGGGCCGAAAACACUAUGGGAAUCCUGCCUAUCUUAUGGCAGGCCUGGAUAUUCGGUUACUUCCUGGGCACGCCGAUCGCCGCAGGACUGUACUCGCUGGCGGGCGCAGAAUCCGGCGUCGCGUCGUAUCGACCAGCGGCAUACUAUGCGGGAGCGACAUCGUUUGCCGGCAUGCUCUUCAUGGUCGCACUUCGACUCAUGAAGACGAACAAGAUACUGGCGCGGGCGUGA